CGGCCAAUAAGGAGCAAACUGAUUUUGUUUGUGUCGAGUGUGGGCAAAAAUCUGAAGAGAUAUACAAAGAAUUUAGAGGAGGAAGCUUUAAACUUUGCAUCUGUAAAUUUUGCAAGAAAAGAGUUGAUAAAUAUGUGGAAUUUGAUACUGUCAUUGUUUUUCUGGAUAUCAUUCUCCAUAAGAUUCAAGCAUACCGUCACCUGGUUUUCAAUAAACCUCCAAAGGUGGUCGUCUUCAAUAAGACAGCGCUACAAAUGAUUGCUCAUAAAGUUUUCUUCCUAUAUAGACCAUAAAUACUUUAUGUAGAUAACGUCGAUCGUUUUGUCCUGUGGUGAGCAUAUAAACGUGGAAAUGGACACUGAAAAUGUGACAUAUUCGUUGCAAUCCUACCUCACUGGAAAUGAACGAACAAUUUUAACUGGACUAUUUGCGGUGUUGAGCAUAUUUGGCUUGUUUGGAAACGGAAUUGUUGUUUACGUUGUAAUUUCUCUUCGACAUUACCUUGACGUUCCUGCUAAUAUAUUUAUUCUCAGUCAAGCGUUUACAGACUUUGGGACAGCAUUAUCUCUGCUUAUUUAUAUAGUGCAUAUGUAUGUCUGGAUUUGGGACGUAUUCUUUUGGUACACGGCCGUUGUUUGGUUGGCUUCUUUAGGGAGUUUAUUCUUGCUUACUUUAAACCGUCUGCUUUCGGUGAUUGAUCCAUUCGCCUAUCCACGACGGAUGACAGCAACACGAGCAAGAGGAUUGGUAGUUUUGAACUGGAUGUUGGCAUUAGUUGUCACAGUGUAUCCAUUACUGAUACCCGGGGGUUCACUGGAUACUAGUCUUGGUCGGUACUACAUUGUUAUAACAACUACAUGUGUAAUACUUUUUAACCUGUACCUGUUUCGCGAGGGGAGAAUUCAAAGUAGAAAAAUCAAGCGGCAAAGUCAAAUCGUGACAGGCUUGCAGAAAUACUUCAAAGAAGAUUUCAAAUCAGUUCGUACCCAGGCCAUGGUUGGUGGAACGUUUUUGGUGUGUUGCCUCCCAAUUACGGUGGUGGUCUUUAUCUACGGAGAUGACCAAACCUCUCGUGAGUUUCAAAGAUAUGCAGCGUUCACAGGAAUGCUCAUGCCUAUCAAUGCAAUCCUCGAUCCAGUGAUAUACUACUUCCGGAGUCGAGAGUUUCGUGCAUUUUAUCUGAAGUUCAAGAGAUCUUGGCAAUCCAAUGAUGCGAACUUUUCCAAAUCUUUUAACCCACCCAAGAGUUUGCAACGGGUGUGCAGAGUCAAACCAGCUAAAAUCGAAGUAACCGAAUAAUUGACGAGGAAAGAUUCAAAUACUGAAUACUUCAUGAUAUUUUUUGCAAUCCGAUUUAACC